AUGGUAUUUAAAGAAGUAGUUGAGACAAUCGAUUUUUAUCGAAAAACAACUGUUACACUAUUCAAAAACACAGACCUAUUACAAGAUCUUAACAAUGAUAGUUCACCAGCAUCUACAACUUGGAAAGAAGAUAUCAUGUCAUUAUUCUCAAUGCUUAUCAAUUUCUAUAAUAGCGACUUACAGACAUUUGAAUACUUGGUAGAUUUAAUAAUUACAAACCAUAAGUUAAUAUUAUUGUUGGAUAAUCUAGAUUAUUGGACUACAGAUGAUACUACUGAACAUUUUAAAAGAUUUGCUACAACCGAUAUAAUGUAUAAGUAUGGAGCUGUUCUACAAAAUUACAAUAAAAAUGGCGAAUUAGUCAAUGACGCCAUAUUCACUUUGAUUCGUAGUGUAUUUAGAGACUGCGAAAUUAAUUCGGUGAUUUUACAACCAAUUAUUUUGGAAACACUAUUGACAAUAACUGAACAUGAAUAUUAUCCAUGUAAAAAGUGGCGUGAUUUGAUUGACCGUGUUUUAAAUUUAAAAAAGUUCCGCACUAUUUGUUCAGCUUAUGCAGAGAGUAGAACUGCUAAAAAUAGACAGAAGAAAUAA